GGGGGUCGUUGGAGGUUUUUCGUUUCAGGGGGACUGGUCGGACUCGUCGUACCCGCCUCUAGCGCUCUGCUUUCGGCCUGUCACAGCGUGAGGAGGCGGGCCAGGUGAGAGGAACCGGAGGGAGCCCCGGAGACAUAAAGUACAACGUGUUUUUUUUCAAUCGUGACAACACGUGUAAAAGAGAACAGCCAAGGGACACACAUUUAAGCUGCUAGAUUUAACUUUGUAUCAAGUUUUUGUCGGUGUUUUUAAGGAUUUUCCAUUUUUUUUCCAGAACUUUUAACGGAAGUUUUGGACGCUCCGGACAGAUUUGUAAUGUUACGUUGAAGUUUAAUUGGUAUUUUUAGUGACGUUUUUAUCACAGUUAAGUCUUUAAUUUCUUUUUAGUAGAAAAAUUGUCCUGUUUUUGUGUGGAAUUCUGUCGCUUUCUGUCACUUGGUAACAAUGGACCCUCCUCACCCGUUCAUCCACGAAGUUAAACUAACCAAGGCGCAGAGAAUAAGGGGCAUCAUUCUGGGCAGCAUCCUCUUCCCCGUGCGCAUCCUCCUGGCUGCCCUCCUCUUCUUGCUCAUGUGGCCCGUCGCUCGCCUACGACUGGCUGGUUUAUCUGAGGAGGAGCGUUCCCGUCCUGUGACUGGCUGGCGGAGGUGGCUGCUGCAUCCGAUCGUGUGGGUGCUGAGUCGCGGGGUGUUCUUCUGCCUGGGGUUCUUCUGGCUCAAGGUCAAAGGUCGUCGUGCGAGUAACAAAGAAGCUCCGGUUUUGGUGGUGGCUCCUCACAGCGGUUUCUUGGACAUGUCCGUGCUUAUGCCCACUCAGCUCCCUACGGUGGUGUCACGCUCGGAGAAUACCAGUCUGCCCGUCAUCGGAGCUCUUCUUGAGUUUAAUCAGUCGGUGCUGGUGAGCCGUAAGGACCCCCAGUCUCGUAAAAAGGCCGUGGCUCAACUCAAUGAGAGGCUCAUGUCCAAUGGAUACUGGCCCCAGAUGUUAAUGUUUUCUGAAGGAACAACAACAAAUGGGAAGGCACUGAUAAAGUUCAAACCAGGUGCAUUUCUUGCUGGAGUGCCAGUUCAACCAGUUUUGCUGCGUUACCCCAAUAAAGUGGACACUGUCUGCUGGACAUUUAAAGGCACAACAUGGCUGGAGUGUCUAUGGCACACUGCGUCUCAACCGUACACCAACAUGACUGUGGAGUUUCUUCCAGUUUACAAACCCUCAGAGGAAGAGAAAAGCAACCCCGGUCUUUACGCCGACAAUGUUCAGAAACUUAUGGCAAAGGCUCUGGGGGUCCCGGCCACAGACUACGUCCUGGAGGGACGUGUCCCUGUGAGUAAACUGGGAGGUUUGUCUUUACCCUUUGAAUCUCCUCCUCGAGAAACACUGGCUCUGCUCCGAAAGAAUGGUUUCACCUCUUCUGACAUUGAAGCUGCUCUGAGCAGGAUGAUUGACAGGUGCCAGUCACAGGGUCAGAGUUCAAAGGUCAGCGUGGAUGACCUCAUGUCACUUCUGAAGCUGAAGGACAGAGAAACAGCUUUAGCGAUCUGCGAACUCUACUCCAGGGACCAGAGUGUCGACCUCAGACAGGUUUAUGUGAGCGUAGCCUCCAUCUCUGGGUCUGUCCCCUUCAAAUCAUUGCUGCAUACAGCCUUUACUCUGUAUGACGGAGAAAGCAAAGGCAGUCUGAAUGUAGAGGAGCUGUCUGGCCUCAUGGGGGCGAUGUUAGGUGUUCCUCAGUACAACACGUCAGAGCUCUACAGUGCAGCCUGCAGACAGAAUGGAGUCACUGAAGACAAUCUGUUGCAAGUGCUGACCACCCAUCCAACUUAUCAGAGAGUCACAAAUGAGUACCUACAGCCCGAGGAGUCAGGCUCUCAACUGUCGGUUACUGCUCUGACCAAUGGCAACACGGUGAAUAACAACAAGAGCAUUGUCAAUGGCAAUGGGACGCUACACUCCAAGAAAUCUGAAUGAAAAAACAAUAGAUCUUACAUUUUCACGGACUACUAAAAAAGCCACCAAACAUCUCCUCAGGUUGAAUGUUUUUAAUGGACAAUCUCAAAUGUUAUUCUUUGUAUUGUAGCAAUAAUUUUGUUCAUGCUUAGUGCUAAAAUGGUGUGUAAAUGUUUACCAAUUUGCCUUAUUGCCUCAGAAUGCUUUAAAAUUAUGAACUUGUGUCAUUUAAGCCAUAACUUAUUUUUAUGUAUGUGUUGAUAUUUUAAGGGAAGACUGGAUAUAGGGAGGAAAACAAACUUGUCACUUUGAUAUUUUUAAAAACAUUUUUAUAUCUACCAUUUAAUAAAACAGAAUUUUUCUUUUAAAA